UCACCACCAUCCCCUCACGACCCUCACGGACAACCUCUCCGGCGCAUGCGCGUUCACCAAACCGACCGAGCCAUCGAAUUAAGGGGCCGUAACCAUAAUAGGACAUGGACGCCGCUCGGCCUCACGGGAUGCGGCGAUGACGCUCGAGUCGCGGAUUUCUGCACGUAUCUGCGGGAGGCGGAGCAACGUCACGACAGGAGGGCGUGACAAGUUUGUAUAGGUUGAACAAACCCCAAAGAGCUGCGUGCGUGCGCUUCGGCUCGCAGCUGCUGUGGACGAGGAGAAUUACAGCUGCAGCUCGGAGUUCCUCCACCGGCCCCGCAGUCACGACAGCUUCUGCGGGCGGAACCUGCGCACCGAUCAGCUCCAGCUCCAGCUCCAGCUCCAGCUCCAGCUCCAGCUCCAGCUCCUGCGUGCGUCCUUCAGUCCGCUACGCUUCCGUCCAGCUGGGAGUCAGAAGAUGGAGGGGCAGCAGAAGCAGGUGACCGGGUACCUCCUCUUCUCUCUGGGCACCGCCGUCAUCGGCUCGCUGCAGUUCGGCUACAACACAGGAGUCAUCAAUGCUCCCGAGGAGAAACUGCGCUCCUUCUUUAACUCCACCUGGGUGGAGCGCUACGGCAGGCCCAUCGACGCGGGCGUGUGCACCAUCGUGUGGAGCGUGGCCGUGGCCAUCUUCAGCGUGGGCGGCAUGGUGGGCUCCUUCAGCGUGGGCGUCAUGGCCGACGCGUUCGGCAGGCGUCGCUCCAUGUUCCUGGUCAACUGCCUGGCGGUGAUCGGCGGCCUCCUCAUGGGCUUCUCCACCAUCUGCUCCUCCUACGAGAUGGUGAUCGCCGGCCGCCUGGUCAUCGGCCUGUUCUGCGGUCUCUUCACCGGCCUGACUCCCAUGUACGUGGGGGAGGUGUCCCCCACCCCCCUCCGCGGGGCCUUCGGGACCCUGCACCAGCUCGGUGUGGUGGUGGGCAUCCUGAUCGCUCAGGUCUUUGGUCUGGAGUCUCUGCUGGGCUCAGCCAAGCUGUGGCCCCUGCUGCUGGCCCUCACCGUGGCCCCGGCCGUGCUGCAGUGCAUCCUGCUGCCCUUCUGUCCCGAGAGCCCUCGCUUCCUGCUCAUCAACCUCAAGAAGGAGGAGGAGGCGCGCAAAGCGCUGGUUCGUCUGCGCGGCAGCGAGGACGUGAGCAAAGACCUGCAGGAGAUGAAGGAGGAGAGCGCCAAGAUGGCCAUGGAGAAGAAGGUGACCAUCCCCGAGCUGUUCCGCUCGCCGCUGUACCGCCAGCCGCUGCUCAUCGCCGUCAUGCUGCAGCUCUCGCAGCAGCUGUCCGGGAUCAACGCUGUCUUCUAUUACUCCACAGGGAUCUUCAACUCGGCUGGUGUGGAGCAGCCCAUUUACGCCACCAUCGGCGCCGGAGUGGUCAACACCAUCUUCACCGUUGUGUCGCUCUUCCUGGUGGAGAAGGCCGGGCGGCGGACUCUGCACCUCCUGGGGCUGGGCGGCAUGGCCGUCAGCGCUCUGCUGCUGACCGUCGCUCUGCUGAUGCAAAAGGUAGUCGCUGCCAUGAGCUACGUGGCCAUCGUAGCCGUCAUGCUGUUCGUGGCUAUGUUUGAGAUGGGCCCGGGUCCCAUCCCCUGGUUCAUCGUGGCUGAGCUCUUCUCCCAGGGGCCUCGCCCGGCGGCCAUGGCCGUGGCCGGCUGCUGCAACUGGACGGCCAACUUCCUGGUUGGGAUGAGCUUCCCCAAGCUGGAGGAAUUGUGUGGGCCCUGGGUCUUCCUCAUCUUCACUGCCUUCCUCAUCCUCUUCUUCAUCUUCACUUUUAUCAAAGUCCCCGAGACGAAGGGUCGGACCUUCGACGACAUCGCCCGCAGCUUCGGCAGCGCCCCGCCCCCCGCCUCCACGUCGGCCGACGAGCCUCCUGCCGGCGCCGGCGCCGCCGUGAUGCUCCCCGCCUCGCCGGUCAAGGAGAAGGUCCCUCUGGUGCAGGCGCCGGCAUCGUCGGCUCCAGCCUCCGCAGAUGAAACCGCCCCUCUGGAGGAGAAGUCCAACUCCACAGUGCAGGAGAGCGUGUAGCUUUAAAAAGGCCAUGGAGGCUUUAAACGAAGGAACCACCACUGGAACAACAGCAACUCUUUGAUUUGGAGCCAGACCCAUGGAGAGCAGCAGCUUCCUCAGUUCUAGGCUGUGACCUUCACAGGUCGCGCUUCCUGCUUUCACUGAUUCUAAGGCUUCCUUCCUUUAAAUCCUCCCCAACGGCGUCGACAGCUGUGUGUCUCACAGAGCCACCUGUUACCAGGUUUGUGGGUAACGGUCCGGGUCAGACUUCCAUCGCUGCAGACGAGAGGCGGCACCAGCUGUCGUUCAUCAACGCAACUUCAGUUCAGGUCCAUGUGUGAGCGAGGCGAGAGUCCAGAAGGAUGCAGAGCUGCUUCCAGUGUAGACGUGUUGUAGUGCAGUGUCGUUUGUAGUCGUAGGCUCGUCUGGUGAUUUGCAUUCUGCUUUAGUUUCAUUAGUUGCUGUAAUGUUUCCCAGUUACAGGGCGAAGUAACACGCUCUGCCUUCAGCCACGCACAAACCACACGCUCGUUGACUCUGGCUUGUGUUUGCUGGUUGAAGGUUGGGCUGUGUUACAUUUACUUCCAAAUGGACAGAACAGCAUCAGACGUGGUUCAUUUAGGGUAACGUGCAAUGUCCCUUUAUUUUGUUGAAGAGAAAAUUCAGAGUAUUUAUUUCCUCAGAAGUUCAUUUAUAACAGAGUCUAUAUUAUCUAUAUUACACCAAAGCUAAAUUUGGCCCCGAUAUGAGAUGCUGCUGUGACAGAGUCAAACCUCCAUCACGAGGUUCCGCUCAGAGGUUUAAAUGUAAAUGUAAAAUCUAUUCACAGGCACUUUGCAGCGUUUGGGUCACAAUUACUGACACAGACGUGGUUGAGAACGACAGCGCUUUAGGUCAGCAGCAAAUGCAAACUUCAGGCCAAGCAGAUAUUAUAUAGAUAUUAUAGUUACAUAACUUGUGCAAUCUAUGUAGAAUCAGCCUAAAGUAUAGUAUGUAUUUACCUGCAUUAUACAGUAAGCAGAGGAGGUCACAUUUAUAUUUCAUAUGCAAAAUCAAAGCAAAGAGUUUUAUUCCAAAAUAAGAGUCCUGCCACUUUAAAAACCUGAGACCCACAUUACUUUUAUUCUGAAAUGAAUUGAUGUCAACUUUUAGACGUUAGACAUCAAUUUGGUUCAUAUAAAAAUAACUGGAUUAGGUUGAAUGUUCCUAGCAACCUAAGAGAGGACGAUAGCUAACGCUAAAUGGCUUAAAAGCUGCGAGGUCGCCCUUGUCUGGGUGAAGGUGCAAUGAUGGAGACGGGUACGGGGUCAGAGGUCACAGAGGGAGCGUAGCCUCAUCACUUUGCUGACAGGCCAAAUUCCCACAUGAAGAAUGUGUUCAAAGGUUUCUACGACGUUUGAAGCCCAAACACACAGAUAGCAACUUGUCAGGAGUCUCACUGAGUCACAGUGAAACGACGCUAACGGUGAGCAGUAGUAGAUGAACCUGAAAUGGUGCUGAGACGAUGCGACGGUGUCUAGAUCAGGUUAUAGCAGAUCUCACCACCGCUUGAUCUCCGCCUCCUCUGUGUUUGUGGCUUCAUCAGUGGGGUCCAGACUCUGUGGCUUCGUCUGAGGAAUGAGCCAUAUGUAGCGUUUCAGUCGUUGCGUUGGGUUGUGUGUUACCACCGUAGUGUGUGUGUUGUGUAAGUGUAUGACACAAAGUAUAUUUUCUAUAGUGAUAUUAUGUUGUGAAAUGAUCCACUCUGCACCUAGUCAACAUAUUUAUUUAUUUAUUUAUUUAUUUUCAUUAUUUUUUGGCUAAAAUAUUUAUCUUUACAAGUAAUGUGACUAAUUGCAGAUGUGAGCAGAGAGGACUGGGCCUUGUUCAGGUGAAUAUUUGUCUGGUGAGUGGACUCGCGCUCAGACUCGCGCUCAGACUCGCGCUCAGACUCGCGCUCAGACUCGCUGCUUGGUCGUGUCGUGUCUGUGACUGUGGAUGCACGUCCUGUGUUUGGGGGGUCUCUCCCCGUGUCAGUGUUCAGUGUGUUCAGCAUCUGCCACGUUUUCUCCUUUAAUUAGACUCUAAUCUGGGUUAAAAAUACUUUUUAAAUGUUGCUCUGUCCAGUUGCUUUUUCUAGUUUUGUGAGAUUAGUUUUAAAGAUGAAAAUGUAUGAUUUUAAUACUCUAAGUACAAAUAUAGAAAAGUACAAGUAUUUGUAUUAAGUAUGUAUUUUAUAACAGAUUCCUUCAUAUGUUCAGACAUUGUGUGCUUGGAUUACUUUCUUUUUAUGGGGCACAUGAGGCGCCAGCAGCUUCUCAUGCUGUUUUAUAAGUAAUACCUCAGCACAUUUAGCUCCUGCUGCGUGAGCGAGAGCCACCGUGUUUCUCCUCCCACUCGUUCACAGCCGUGUUUUAACCUUGUGCCUGGUCGAGUUAGGCUCAGCGUUGUUGCUAGUAGUCGUGGGUUUUGUCAGACUUUUGGCGGCCAUUUUGUUUUCCUCUUCUAGCAACAGCUGCCAGCUUUCUAAAAGUCACCAUGUUACCUAGCAACGGUCAAAGGCAACGUUGUUUUAUGUGAUAACUUAUGGCGAAUGGUGGUGCACAUUUAUGCUUUAAAUCAAUAAGGAGUUAAUUAUACAUCUAUCAUCAAAAUACAACAUAUUGUGGCAGCUGUCUCGGCUUAUUGUUGUGUAACUCCAUGUACUGACUGUAAUGUAUCAUCUGUAUGUCUGAUAUUUGUGCCUCUCUGCACUUCAUUCAUACACAGACUGUAAAGAUUCAUCACUAUCCUUUUGGUCUGAAGUCAUUCACUCAGUUAAACACACCUUGAAUGUAGAGAGGUGAUUCUGGACAAACGCUGCCAAAAGCUGAGAAAACGCCAGACAGUGACAUUUACAGCAGGUUAUUGGACUGAACAGUCGGGCUGGUUCAGGUGUCGUUCAUGUGCCGCACCACUUACUGUAUGAACCACUCUUUGUUUUGCUUGUGUUUACACUGUACGCACCAGAUUAAUGUUAUUAAAUAAACUAUUGAUUCAUGUAACAGA